AUGGUAGAGGAUUAUCAAACAGCUAACAAUGUUGUGGAAUCAGACUUAACUAAUAUGUUGUUGAAGGACUUGAAUGAACUCUUAAACCUGCACGGUAAAAAGAUUGAUGAUUAUGAUCUCCCAUCUUUACCCCCUAAUAUAAUAGACAGAGGUGCAGUUCCAAGAGGAACAGGUAAAACAUUCCUUUAUAGAACAUUAAUGGAAAGUUUACGAAGUAGAGGAGAAAUUGUCUUAGCAACUGCAUCAUCUGGUAUAGCUGCAACAUUGUUACCCGGUGGUAGGACUGCACACUCUCGAUUUAAGAUACCUAUUGAUAUUCAACCGAGUUCCAUUUGUGGUAUUGAAAAGCAAAAGGAUCUUGCAAAUCUCAUUAGAUUUGCUGCCGCAAUAAUUUGGGAUGAAGCACCAAUGACAAACAAAAAUUGUUUGGAAGCCUUAGAUCGAUCAUUACAAGACAUUUGUAGCAACAAUGCUCCAUUUGGUGGAAAAGUUCUGAUCAUGGGGGGGGGGGGAUUUCGUCAAGUUCUUCCUGUUGUAAGAAAAGGUACUAAGGCACAAAUGAUUACAGCGUGUAUUGUUCAGUCUCAUUUAUGGAAUCAUACCAAGAUUUUGCAUUUGCGUCAAAAUAUGCGAUCAUUGCAUGAUCAAGAGUUUGCAGAAUUUCUUAUUCGCAUUGGUGAUGGUGUUGAACCUACCAAACCAGAUGACAUGGUGAGGUUACCUUUACAUAUUGCAAUCCCAUUGGAAGGUGAACAUUCCAUACAAGUACUUAUCCAACAUAUUUUUCCUAAUUUAGAAUUGCAUGGUUGGGACGCCCCAUAUAUGGUACAAAGAGCUAUUUUGACACCAACAAAUGAUGAUGUCCAGAAAUUGAAUGAUAUGAUUAUCGAUCAGUUUCCAGGAGAAGAACAUAAUUUGUUAUCGUUUGACGAGGUUGAAGGAGAUAAUCAUAAUUUAUACCAGCAAGAAUUCUUAAAAUCAAUUGCACAAGGUAGUUUGCCUCCACAUAUUCUAAAGAUAAAAAAGGGGAAUAUGUUGGAUGUGGAAAUCUUGACAGGAAGCAACACACGAAAACGUGCUUUUUUGCCUAGAAUUAAAAUAAAAACAUCUGCAAGUGAUGGACUGCCUUUUGUCCUUAGUAGAAAGCAGUUUCCUGUGCGACUAAGUUUUGCAAUUACAAUAAAUAAAUCACAAGGACAAACCAUUCCAAAUGUUGGAAUAUAUCUUCCACGACAUGUUUUUAGUCAUGGACAGUUAUAUGUGGCUUUAUCCAGGGGUGCUUCACAGACUACAACAAGAGUUUUAACUAGGGAAGGAAAAUUGAAAGGAGAAGAUGGUGACUACACAAAAAAUGUAGUCUACAAACAAAUUCUUUUAUCGCACCCGCAAGUAUUUAUUAAGUACAUUGAAAAAAUUGCUCACAUGUUGAUUCCCAUUUUGGUUACACGACAUACCAAGCUUAUAUUAUAUAAAUGGGGUGAUAGAAAUCCAGGUAAUUCAGAAACAAGUCAUAAUUGUUGUUCUACCAAAUCUAUACUAAAACAAAGUAUCUCCAUUCUUCAGUUUUUUAAAUCUCAAGAGCGCAUUGAUAAAAGGAUGUAUGAAGAAUUGAUUCAAAUCUUUAUAAGGGAAAAAGAAAAUACUUCGAAUAAAGAUUUCAUGUUCGACAUUUCUCUUAAAGAACGUCGUUGA